AAGUUCUACAUUAUAUAGUUAUAAAAUCAAUCAUGAGCAAAGUCAUUGGAUCGUCGCUCUACCGCCUGGUGCCCUCGAAAACCCUGUUCAUGCUGUGCGAUGUCCAGGAAAAGUUCAAGCCGGCGAUACCGCUUCUGAGUUCGCUCAUCGAAAACACUGCCAAACUGCUGGCCGCCGGCAAGGUCUUCCAAGUGCCCCUCGUGGUCACCGAGCAGUAUCCCGAGAAGCUGGGCAAGACCGUUUGCGAGUUGGACGUGAAACAUGCCUGUGCGAAUGUGGCGAAGACCAAGUUUUCCAUGCUGGUGGAGCCGGUGCGCAAGAAUAUGACUGAUAUCUUUGGAGGCAAGCCGAAAACGGCGGUGUUAUUUGGACUCGAGACCCAUGUGUGCAUUGAGCAGACAGCCUUUGACCUGGUGAAUGAACAGAUUGACGUCUGGUUGGUGGCCGACUGCUGUGCCUCCCGUUUAAAUCAGGAUCGUGAUCUGGCCUUGGAGCGACUGCGGCACAUAGGGUGCAACAUUUCCACCUCCGAAAGUGUGAUAUUCAAUCUGCUGGGGGACAAGGACAACAAGUCCUUCAAGGAGAUAGCUCCGCUGGUGAAGAAGGUCUCUGCGGAUAUGCAACUUUGGCGUCCCUCUAAGAAUUAAAAACCAGGCGGCUCGCUUUCAAGUCUCUCAAACA